CUGUCAAUCAUACCUGGGGUAUUGAAUAAUGUCUGUAAUCUGUUGAUCUUUUCAUUUUCCAUGCUUUUUUUAUUUUUUCAUAAUAUAAUAAUUAUUUACUAGUACAGUAAGCGAUUAAUACAAUAAGCGAUAAUGGAAGAAAAUGUAGCACUAGACUCAACUAAACAAAAACAGUUUGUAAAGUCUAUUAAAGGAAUAAAAAAAUUAAUCAAGAAAGAUCAGAAGGGACCAAAUUUGGUAAUUAAUAAUAAAAAACCCCGCGAUGUUAAGAAAAAGAAAGAAGCAGACAGGGGGUUGGUUUACUUGGCUCAUAUCCCUCAUGGAUUUUACGAGCAUCAAAUGACAGAAUAUUUCAAGCAAUUUGGUCAAGUUACAAAUGUGAGAGUAAUUAGAUCCAAGCGUACAGGCAAUUCUAAAGGAUAUGCAUUUGUAGAAUUUAAGGAACCAUCUGUGGCUGAAAUAGUUGCUGAGACUAUGAACAACUAUUUAAUGGGAAAGAGACUAAUCAAAGCGGUUUAUAUACCUCCUGAGAAACAAAGGAAAGCUAUAAGGAAAAAGUGGAAUAGAGUUAAUAAUCCAGGCAAUGAAGCAAGACUUAAAAAUAAAAAGGUAUACAAUGAAAAUAGGGAUGAAAGUGGAGAACUAAAAAGAGCUAAAAAAUUAUUGGCCAAUCUGACAAGAACCAAGAAAAAACUAGCUGAAUUAGGGCUGAAUUAUGAUUUCUUUAAACCAGUUGAUGUACCUGAACAAUUAUCGUCUCAAAUAGAGAUAAAAGAAGAAAAAGAUACAGACAUUAAAGAAGAAAAAGAUGUAGAUAUCAAAGAAGAGAAGACUAAAUUGAAAAAUAAAAAGAAGGUAUUAAAACAAGAAGAGGAAGUGAAAGGUAAAGAUUUAAAAAAUAAAAGAAAAACAAAUAACCUUGCUGUUAAAGUGGUAGACAAAUCUGUAAAGGAUGUAAAAACAAAAGGAAAGCAAAAUGUGCAAGUUAUAGUUGAUAAAAAGCAACAGAAACAGAAACAAGAUAAAUUAAAAGAAGCUGGUGUGAAACCUGCAGAAGAUUUCAUGAAACUUGAAGAAGAAUCAAAUGAUUCUGAUAGCUCAUAUGUAUUUGAUUCAGAUGAAUAUGAAAAAGUUAUGCAGAAUGAAGAUGAAUUUAAUUCAAAUUUGUCUUCUGAAGGUGACAGGAGUGAAAAUGAUGAUGGUGACUCAGAAAGUUCUGAAGAAGUGGUGCAUAACACAAGUAAAGUACAAAAGGGCCCUACUUCAACGAAAGUGCAAAAACAGGUGAAUCAGGCCAUAAAAUCGAAACAAUCUAAUUCAGGAAAAAGGAAAGCUGUUGAAAGCAGUGCAAAAAAGGAAGAUGUUCCAGCUGGAAAGAAAUCUAAAUUUGAAAAACAAAAUAUUAAGAAGAUAACAAAGAAACAGUUUAAAAAGAAAAAAUAGUGGUAAUUAUAAUUCCUUGGAAGGUUCUUAUUAAUAAAACAAUUAUGUAAACA